GCCGGCGAGCCGCCCGCUCCCCCGACCAUGUUUCGAAUCUGGCAAGAGGAGGAUGUCCGUCCUGAUGUAAGGGUUGAAGAGAUAGGAGAGAAUGAGGAAGUAGAGCAGGAAAGGAAAGCAGGUACGGUCAAGGAAGAACCUAUUGUGGUAGAAUCUGACGAGGAGAUAGAAAGAGGUUACUGGAAUGAGGCCCGGAGAACGAUGGAAAGAAUAGAGGAUCUAGUGGCAAAGAUAAGAAGGUAUCAAGACAAAUUGACCAACAUGUGUGAAGAGGUCAAGGAGUGGAAAGGUAAAAAGUCACUGGUAUAUCUCUACGAUAUGGGUAUAGGACCGCAAAGAGGAUCUGGGAGUCUACCAGGCAUAACGAUUUCGGGACCGACGCCUCGGUCCGAAAUGGCUUACAGGCCACCAUCAAGGUCAGGAGGAGCGCCACAGGCCGUCAGGACAAGGGCCAAGGGGCCGGUAAGCCCCAAUGAGCCGGCAAAGGACGUUCCUGAGCCUAGUCGGGAAAAAGAGACAGUAGACAUCCCAGAGGACGAGGAUGAAAGAGAUGAGAGAUUAAGGAGGGAAGAGGAUAAGAGGGCCAAGCUAAGAACAAAGAAGAGGGAUGUUAAGGCAAACACGGACAUAGCUCCAGAGGGGAAGAAAAUCAAGUAUGUUGUCCGGGUAGAAGAAGGCUAUGACGUGGUGGAAAUAAUGCAUAGAAUCCUUGAGGGUCAUAAUCAUCUUAUGAACCUGAAGGAUGUGUUGGCUUCAGCGCCAAGGCUCCGGGACGAGCUUAAAGCUCGAUUAUCCAGGAAGAUGGUAGCCAGCGUGCGAUUGGGGGCCAUAAUCCCCAAGGAAGCGGAAUGGGCAGAGACAGGCACGAAGAUGGAUUGGAAGUUCGUCGCAUGUGGAUGCUUGGACGUAGUAGUAAAAGGAAAAAUGUGCACGGCAAUGGUGAAUACUGGGGCGGAAAUGAACCUCAUAAAAGAGGAGCAUGCUUUGCGCUUGGGGAUGGAGAUUGAUCGCUCCGAUGAUGGAGUUUUAAUGGGAGCGAAUAGUCGGUCUGUGUUCAUAGGGACCGCAUUGAGAGUGGUUUUGGAGAAUGGCAAGGUUAAAGUCAAAAGCUGUUUCUUUUUAAUGCCCGAUCUCGAUCAUCCCAUCCUAUUGGGCCGAUCUUUCCUGAGUCGAACGGAGACCGUCAUACUGAAUAAGCAUGAUGGGACGAUGUUCCUUCUCUUAUGUGACCCGGUAUGUGGCAACUAUGAGGUUAUCACAUGUAGAAAUAUGGGGACACGAAAGGUAAGGAGUUUCCUGGGAACAUGUGGGUUUUGGAGAGUGUUCAUCAAAGGGUUUGCGGCAAAGACAGAGCAGUUGCGAAAGCUUGUGCGCCAAGGUCAGGAUUGGGAAUGGGGAGACAAGCAGGAGUCAGUAAUAGAGGGUCUGAUGAAAGAAUUUGAGGAAGGGGGUCUAGUACUGGGGGUACCAGACCAUGCGGCUGUAAUGACCAGACCCUUUAUUGUGAAAACUGACGCAAGACCGACUGCACUGGGAGGGAUGUUGAUCCAACGAGACCUCAAUGGAGAAGAGCGGCCGCUAAGGUUUGAGAGUCGGACGCUUAACACAACUGAGAGGAAUUACUCUCAGUUUAAGCGCGAGACCUUGGCAGUUCUUCACUGCUUGAGGAUCUUUAGAAACUACCUCUUUGGUAGCAGGUUUACGUUGAGGGUGGACCCAACUGCUCUAGCUGGUUCCCUUAAGAACUUCGCUCCUUCAGAUCCAACCAUUGCCAGGUGGUUGACGUACAUCUGGAUGUUUGACUUCGAAUUGGAGCGUAUUACUGGGAACAAGAAUAGGGCAGAUGRGUURAGUCGCGUCGACUGGGACAAGAGCAACAAAGGGGUGAUUGAGGAUACUCCGCCAGUCGACGGUUUCCUGGACAAGGAAGAGGAUGUUAAACUCCACAUUAACUCCUGGUCAUUGGCUAUAGGUAACUAUGUUACUCCUGGACGACCUAUAUGGCUCGCACCUCUAGGUCAUGUGAGGCGGCCUGAUAUAGUCCUCAAACCUUAUGUUGAGGAAGAUUCUUGGGGAAUGCAAGGAGUGGAGUGGAUGAUGGAGUUGACCUUGGCAGAUAAGUACCAGUUGCGGGAAGACUUGGUCACAUUGGAGACCGGACCCCAGCAGGUAGAAAAGCAUGAACGAUUGGCAGGUGGAAUGUACCUGUUGGCAAACUCGUUGCUUCAAGAAGAGGUUGUUAGGAUUGAAGGAGAGAGGCAAGAUGGAGAGGAGAACAUGAUCCACCAAGGAGAGGACGAUGAUUUUGAAGAAGACAAAGGGCCAGAAGUACCUCAAGAGCCACAUGGAAAGGAGAAGAGUGAGGAACAGGCUGCAAGGGAGAAGGAACAGGACAGAAAGGAGAGAGCAGCAAUAGAAAGAGAGAUCAGAGUCCAAAUCAGACUCAAGAACAUUGCGGAGAUGCACGAGAAGGUUGAGCAGGGAGAGCAGUCUGUGAUACUAGAAGACAGAAAGGGGAAUGGCUCACCCACUCAAGACGAUGAGACUCUUUUUUUCACAGAAGCUUGGGACAACUUUGAUAACCUGUUGGAGGCAGCAGGGAGGCCCAGGGAGCAGCAUCGGAAGAUGGGGGUUAAGCUGAUCUCUACAGACUUGCUUAGCCUGAAGGGCCUUAUGAAGGAGGGUUUUACGGCGGCCAAGACUUCUGAUGAAAAAAUGAAGAAGAGGUUGACAAGGGUGGCGCGAGCGUCUCAUGAGCAAAGAAUGGACUGGCAGAAAGAAAUUGGUGAUCUCAAGAAGGAGUUGGAGAGGCAGGACAAGGAGAUGGAAGUCAUGAAGACUGAGGUGGAGAAGGCCUGGGCAGGCAACGAGGCCAUCAGACAGGUCAACCAUACCCUCAACAAAGUCAACGACACUUUGAGGACCUACUUGCAGGUACAACAGAAUAUCUUUCAGGUAAAGGAUGCCAAGUGGGAGAAGAGGAUAGAGGAUCUUGAGGCCAAAUGUGCACAGCAGGCGCCUACUGCAGUGGUGGACUGGACAGAGGUCCAGGGGUUUGAGAUCAGGAAGCAGCCUGCAGAGGAGGCCUUCAAGAGUCAGAAGGUGGAAGAGAGGGCAAACGAGCAAAAGGGUGAGGAAAUCCCGCUGCUGGAUAAGAGGAUGUUGGAGUCACAAGAGACACUAGCAGGAAGGGACUUAGAGGCAGGAGAGUUUGAGUGGAGGAUGCCCACCGUCUUGGCACAUGAGCAGGGACUAGUGAGGCCAGGGGUGAGGCCACCAAUAGAGGCUAACAUGGAUGAGGCUGCACCACCUACGAUUCAGAGAGAAACUGUGGGGCAGCAGGAGGCUCAGGAGAGUGUGGGACAGGCCAGGGUUGAAGCUGAGGUAGGGGAGGAUCUGGAGGUUUCUCAGAAAACCCCACCACCUCAGGGUAUGCCCCUAAUUGCAGGUCUGGAGGAUGUGUUGGGAUCUUGGGCCACUGGAUCUGGGUCAGAGGAGCGAGUGAGUGAUCAGAUGGCGCAUACAGAUGACAGAGCAGCAUGCCCCAUUCCUCCAGAGCAUCCACAGCAGGAGAUCACUAGCGAGGCUACAGCAGUCCCCUCAUCUGUCCCCUCCCAAGGAGCUGACAUAAUGAAGCAGAAGAAGUUUGGAAGGUGCUUCUACUGCAAGAAGGGCAAGCACCCACAGGAGACCUGUCCCAAAAGCCUCAAGGAUGAGACGAAUGGCUUGUUUUCUUGGGAUCCUUCUGGGGUACAAAGGGAUAAGUAUGGGAACCUGAUCCUAAAGACUCGUGAUGGGAUACGGGCGCAGUUGUAUAGGCAGCUGCAGGAGGACAUGAGUGAUGAGGAAUAGGAUUCUUUCAUAGGGUCCGGAAAGGUCUAGAUUCUGACAAGUAUAAAGCAU